CAAAAUCCGUGAGAGCGCAGAAUCAGCUGGAACCUUCAACUGAUUUUUUUUUUAUAUAUAAAUUACAGUCACCUCUCUGUUAAAAAAAUAAAAUCCAGAAGAAAGCAGAAUAUGGCAAUGAGAUCUGUCGUUUCAAGCAGUGGAGUCCGUCGUUUAAUGGAAGUUGGUGGAAGAUCAUCGGUUUCCGGUCUUCGUUACUUUUCCGAUAGCAAAGGUCGAAUUCUCAGUGAAGAAGAACGUGCUAAAGAGACUGUUUACAUUCAGAAAAUGGAAAGAGAGAGAAUGGAGAAGGCGAGGAAGAAAGCUGAGAAGGAGAGAGCUGAGAGAGAAAAAGCUGAUAAGAAGGGUGAAGAAGAGGCUCAUAAGAACUGAUUUUGCUACCAGAUUAGCAAAUGAGAACAAUUUUUCAAAAAACAAAUUCAAACAGUUCUCUGUUGAAUUCCCCAUGAAUGAACAUAGACAUUUGCAAGGAAGAGAAUACAAAUAUUGCUAUUCAGAUCUUCUAUCUUAGAUUACCAGAGAGUCAAUGAUUUCCAUUUUGUUACCUUGUGACCUUCAUCAAUUAAGAGUGGAUGAUCGGCGAGAUAAACAUAGGCAUCCUUGAGUGAUCGAAAAUCGGGGAUUGGAGUCUCUGAUUUGGUGAUGAUAGACAGAUAAUCGGAUGGCAGGAACUUUGCCCAAACAGAAUCAGAAUCGGCUGCGGAAUGGAGAUAUGUGGAGACUAAGGAAAAGCGGCAAACGUCUUGUGGGCUCGUAAAGGCAAAGAUCUUGGUGAUACAUUCCUCCGGUAGCAUGGAUAGACAAGUAUUACUAUUAUUUUUCUUGCUCUGUUCUUUCUCCAUUGAUUGUGUUUUGCCGUUACACUUCCUGCUACUAAUAUUUAUAGUUGAAAUUUGUUUUUUCUUAA